AAGACGAAAAGCUUGACUUGAAGAAGUCGUAAGUUCAAAACUCACUUCCACUCCCUCAAAAGUUAGAGUUAGACAGGAGAAGCCACAGCCCAUAAUGUUGUAAUGCAACCCCAAUUGAACUUCAAAAUCUUCCAAGAAUCAUGGAGGCAACCCCCCUUUGUACUAAUGCCAACAACUUGAUUCCUUUUAUCAUCUCCUUGUAUUUCCUUGUACCCUCUGUUCACUCUUUUUCACCUCUUCUGGGCAUCCACCCUUUAGAUGAGAAGUACUUUGGUUCACAGGUCAUAAAGUGCAAGGAUGGUUCAAAGUCAUUCAGCAGAGACCGUCUUAAUGAUAAUUUCUGUGAUUGUCUUGAUGGGACCGAUGAGCCUGGAACUUCAGCCUGCCCAAGAGGAAAAUUUUAUUGCAGGAAUGCGGGAAGUACACCUAAUUUUAUUUUUUCAUCCCGUGUAAAUGAUCAAAUUUGCGAUUGCUGUGAUGGAAGUGAUGAAUAUGAUAGUGGCAUCAAUUGCCCCCGCACCUGCGUCAUGGGAGGAAAUUUGGAGUACAGGGCUGGAAAUUAUAUCUCACGUAUUGAUCUGAAAGAAUCGAAAAAGGGACUUAUUUCGGAGGAAUUAUUACAGAAGGCUAGAGGAUUGAAGGUGAUAAUCAUCCUACAGGUGGUUAUCCUUGGCUGUGUAGUGAUUUACAGAAUAUUCAACCGGCGGAUCAAGUCCAAAAAAAGGCGCUACCAUUGAAGAAAACAGCAGCAUCCCCCCAAUGUCUCUGGUUCCAUAGAUUUGUUCCAGUUGUUAUUGCAAGACCAGCCUUUGCCUAGGGGCAUUUUUUCUUUAUACAAGACAUUCAUCAACCGAGCUUGACAGGAUUUGAACUUGAUAUGGAGGUUGAUGUACAAGUUACACUAAAUAUACAACAGCAUAUGUUAUUGAGGAAAUAACGGGUUAUGUCAAGCAAUCUAAUGCAUUGUAUAUACUUAACACGGGUAAGUUUAAAAGGCUUUGGUUAAUGAAAUGACUUGAGCAUGAAUGCUCUUCAAGAUUUUUCAUAUUUUGUAGCAUACACCUCUGAAUGAGAACGCAGGGGCAUGCUGGAUUUAGGCUUAUCUUUGGCUCUUGUUAAUAGAUGGAGUUGCACUCCAACAUUUUUUGCUC